AUGUGUAUUGAUAAUUAUCCCCCCGGAACCGAAUCAGAGUCCGAUUCACCGAAACACAGCGACGAACAACACGAAGAUCGAGAUCAAUCCAAUCCAGAACACGAAGACGACGACGACAGCGGCGGAGGAUGGAGCUUCGGUGGUCUGAUGAAAACCAUAGCCGACAGAUCCGAGUCAGUGAUCGAAACCUACCGACGAGAUCUAGAAGAGUUCGGGACAGGUCUGAAGAAGGAAAUCGAAGUCGCGCAGGGAUCGCUUGGCACCGUGGGACACGCCUUUGACGAAUUUGGGAACACCGUCUUAAAAAGUACGGCUGAGAUCAUCGCUCAAGGCAAAGAAGCCAUCUUAACGGCUGGUAACGAAUCUGAUUCUUCUGAUAACAGUACUAGCUUUGGUCGUCGUGAUAGCUUUAGCCACUCGAAGCCGUAUAGUCGUUUCGAUGCUCAGGUUCGAGCAGUUCAGGGAGAUCUCAGUACUUACAGUGAAGAGCCUGAGGAUUCAGAUGAUUACAACAAGUGGGAAUCUGAGUUUUCUCUGGGAGAUAAAGCUGAGGAGAUGGAGAGAUUGUUGUUGGAGGGAGAUAUGAGAGGAGUGUAUAAGAGGGUUGUUCCUAAUGUGGUUGAUCAUGACACGUUUUGGUUUCGGUAUUUCUAUAAGGUUUAUAAGCUCAAGCAAGCUGAAGACUUGAGGGCUAAUCUUGUGAAACGAGCCAUUUCUUUGGAUGAUGAGGAAGAGUUGAGCUGGGAUAUUGAUGAUGAAGAGGAGAGCAGCGAGAUUGUUGUUGAAGGCGCUGUCAAAGAUGUUUCAAGAUUGAAACUUGAAGGGAGUGAUGAUGUGGGUAGUGGAGAUGUGAGCAAGACUGUUAAAGAUGAUCAAGUGAAAAGCGCUGAGUCAGUGACUGAAGUGAGCAAUGUUAGUUCUGAGGAGAAGAAGGAAACUGGUAAUGAGCAAGCUCCAGAAUCAAAACCAGUUGUUGAUGCUGCUACUACUACUCCUCCUCCUGCAUCUGAUGAGGCUCCAAUCCAGGAUGCAGUCAAACCAGAAGCUGUUACCAAAUCCGAUGAGAGUGCUCCAUCACAGAACUCAGCUAAACCAGAUGGUUCAUCAACUCAAGAAGAGGAUUUGGGAUGGGACGAGAUUGAGGAUAUGAGCAGCAUUGAUGGAAAGGAAACGAGUCGUUCCAGUCCAAACAGAGCUGAGCUGCGUAAACGCCUGAGUGCUGCAGAGGAAGAUGAAGACUUAAGUUGGGACAUUGAAGAUGAUGAUGAUGACGAACACUCAUCAUCAAAACCUUAA